UGGGCGACUCAACGCACCGUUACAACAGCCAGCGCGCGCGAGCAGGCCGGGCCGGCGGAGCCGAGGCGGCGCGCAAGCGAGCGCGGGCGGGCUCGAUCGCAGGGCCAAAGCCGGCCAGAACCAGGACGACCAGGAGGAGGAGGAGGAGGAGGAGGGGGAAGACGGAGGCACAACACGAAGGCAGGGGGGGGGAGGAGGGGCCACAGGGCGGCCGAAUGCCCGCCCGGUGGGCAGCACGCGCGGAGGCCCCGCCGCCGUGAGAAGUGCAGACGGCAAUGCUAAUGAACAGGGAGCACAGCCCUGGACGCCGCGGCCAGAAGCGCUGGGGUGCCCUCGCAGCGAGAAGCCUGCUGGUGCGUCUCCUUUCAGUCGGGGAGCGGCUCCCUCUGCGACCGGCCGCACCACCUCUUGAUCGCGUCGAGCGCGCAGUACCUGCCGACCUCGCCUGGAAUCGGCCGGUGUCUCCAGUUGGGAUCGUGGAGCGGCGGCUGCAUGUGCUUGCGGUGGUCAUUGUGGCUCCUGAGUCGUCGUAAGAAAUGACGGUGUCACGGAGGCCCAGCUCGGGGAUCUCCGCUUGCACCGUGGGGCCCUCGCGCAGCUGCACGGGCACGGGGACGGAAGCGGAAGCGGAAGCAGCGGUGCGGGGGUCGCCCGCGCCCAGGCCCCUGGAGGGCGGUCGGGCUCGCUGGAAAAGCAAAUGUGCAAGAAUCCGUCGACGUGGUGAAAUCAGGAAUGGCCUGGGGCCUGAGGCAUCAAGCUCAAUCGCUGAAGCGUUUGCAUGGACGGCCGGGCAGGCGGGUGCCCUCAGGGGCACAACGGGGACGCACAGCGGCAAGGACUGCCUGGUCCCCUCGCUUCCGGUGAAGUGCAGCUUGGCGUCCGCGAGAAGCGCAGAGUCGGUCUCCUUCGCCGCGAACUCGAAGCUCUCGGGCACGUCCACCGCCCUCUGCGCAAUCGGGACUUGGCACUCCAGAUUUCGUAAUAAAGGGAGGGGGGUCUCAUUUCGGGGGGGUCUGAAAUGGCGUGUCUUGGAGGGUCCAGACCCCCUCCCUUUUAUUACGAACUCUGGAGUACUCGAUCUCAAGCGACUCGAUGGAGAAGCCCUCCGUCGCCUUCGCGAAGCUCGCGGGCAGCAGCGCAUCCAUCCUGCCCGGGCCGAUGUCGACGAAGGUACCGAACUCCUUGAGCGCACGAACGGUGCCCUGGAGCUGCUGGCCCACCUGCAGGUCGCCGAUCUUGACGCCGCUGCCUCCCGCGGCCUCGGCUCCAGGCUCUCCGGAGACCAUCUUGUUUCCCGCGGCGUCGACAUUGACGACGACCAGACCCUUGAGCUCGUCGCCACUCUUGUACUCUGCGCCGUCCUUCAUCAAGCGCGUCGGAAGCAGCGCCUGGAACGAGGCUCCAAUCUCGAUGAAAGUUUCGAAAUUCAUGAUUUGUCAGCCUUUCCAUCGAUCACCUCGCCCUCAGAGAAGUCGCCAGCAAGCUUCUUCGAGGAGACGGCCAGGUGCCGCCUGGACGGGUCCGCCUGGAUGAUCUUGAGGCCCGUCAGCUCCUGUGCGCGCUUGAACAGAUCAUUGAGCUUGUCGAGCUCGGACACCGAGUACAACGCGUCGUGCUCGGCACCCAAGUCCACGAAGACGCCGAAGUCCAUGCCGCCUGACACAUUGCUGUCCACCGUGUCACCGACCUUGAGCUCGCUCAGGGACGUCGUCUCGUCCUCCUGUUGGCCAUUCAGGACCUUGGUGGAUCUGACCUCGAGCUGGCUUCCGGCGGUGUCGGAUUCGACGUCGAAGAGGUUGGUGAUCUCAUCGCCCUCGUCAUGCUCUGACAGUGGCUUCGAGAGGCUCUUCUCGCGGAUGUCUGCCUCGCGAAUGGCGCCGACGUCGAUGCUGAGGCCGCCCGCCGUCUUCUUGGUGAUCGUGCCAGAGACCUGCGCGCCGCGGGGGAAGGCGGAGAUCGGCGCGCCCGCCUGGGUGAACACGGAGAUCCUGCUGGUCGCAACCUCGAUGGUCACGAUGGUGAUGUCGGCCACCUCGCCGACGGUCCACUCGCUGGCCUGCCUGCCCACGAACGAGAGCGGGCAGAGCACCGAAACCGUGAUCCUGGCGUCGAAGAAGACCCCGAACUUCGUAGUGCUCUAGACUCGAUAGCAAAGGGGGGGGGGGGAGAAUCAGCUCACGUAGCUGAUUUUCCCGGCGCCUGCCGGCGCCGGAGGCGGCCAUGCAUCGAGGAAGGGGCCCGUCGGUGAGGCCGA